GAAGCGUAACCGGGUGAGCGCGCGUUUCCGCCCCGGCGAGGCUGUGGAUCGGGCAUUCCCGGGUCUUCACCCCGUGCCACACGCUUGCUGCAAAGCUGACUGGCGCGAAAAAAUGAGUGACUCCGCGGGAGAGCGCGCUGGCCUCCGGCGCUACCCCGAGCUCCCAGUGUGGGUGGUGGAGGAUCACCAGGAGGUUCUACCUUUUAUAUACCGGGCCAUAGGGUCAAAGCAUCUUCCUGCCAAUAAUAUAAGUUUUGUACAUUUCGACUCACACCCAGACCUCCUUAUUCCUGUGAAUAUGCCAGCGGACACCGUGUUUGAUAAGGAAACACUCUUUGGAGAAUUAAGUAUUGAAAAUUGGAUCAUGCCUGCAGUUUAUGCUGGCCAUUUUUCUCAAGUAGUAUGGCUUCAUCCCACAUGGGCUCAGCAAAUCAAAGAGGGUAAACACCACUUUUUAGUAGGCAAAGACACUUCUACCACAACUAUCAGGGUUACAAGUACAGAUCAUUACUUCCUAAGUGAUGGUCUAUAUGUACCCGAAGACCAGCUAGAGAACCAAAAACCUUUACAGUUGGAUGUAAUUAUGGUAAAACCUUAUAAACUGUGUAACAAUCAAGAAGAAAAUGAUACAGUGUCUUCUGCUAAGAAGCCAAAGCUAGCACUGGAAGAUCCGGAAAACACUGCCUCCACUCACUGUGACUCUUCUUCAGAAAGACUGAAAAAGGACACGGUGACACAGAGAAGUGGCCAAACCUGCCAAGCACCAUCAUGUUCAUGUUCUUCUAAAAGUCAGGAGUGUCAGACUACAGUCGGACCAGGGGAAAUUCUAGAAAUUUUGAAGAAAGGAGAUGCAUUUGUGUUAGAUAUUGAUUUGGACUUUUUUUCAGUCAAGAAUCCCUUCAAAGAAAUGUUCACUCAGGAGGAGUAUAAAAUCUUACAGGAACUGUACCAAUUUAAAAAGCCUGGUGCCAACCUAACAGAGGAAGAGUUGGUAGAUAUUGUGGAUACUCGAAUUCAUCAGUUAGAAGAUUUAGAAGCUACUUUUGCUGAUUUGUGUGAUGGUGAUGAUGAAGAAACUAUACAGAGAUGGGCUUCAAACCCUGGAAUGGAAUUAUUAGUUCCACUUGUACAGAGUUUGAAAAAACGAAUGGAAGUACCAGACUAUGAAAUGGUUCAUCAGGCUGGUCUAACCUGUGAUUAUUCAGAACUUCCUCACCAUAUCAGCACAGAACAAGAAAUAGAGUAUCUUAUUCAGUCUGUGUAUUAUUUACUGAAAAAUUUACCAAAACCUACUCUUGUGACAAUUGCAAGGUCAAGUCUGGAUGAUUACUGUCCUUCUGAGCAAGUUGACACCAUUCAAGAAAAGGUCCUCAGUGUGCUGUGCUCCCUCUAUGGGACACUAGAUAUUCACCAGGUGUAUUCAGCAGAGUCUUCUCCAUCUUGAAACAAAUACUAGGCUCCCAUUACAUCUUGGUAUAGUAACAGGGCUUUCAUUAACUUAUUUGCAAAUGAGUCUUCCAGAGAACACUGUUAAUAUUAACUUGCAGUUGAAAUCUUUCAGAUACUUUGAGUCUCCAAACAACUAAUGAUAGUUUGGCGAGUCAAACAACUGAUGGUAACUCUGAAAUAUGGUAAUUUUUUUGGCAUCAAGUAUGAAACCCCGAAUUAAUAGUACUCUUAUUUUUCUUCCUUUCCAUUAUUGGCUUUAUUUUUGUGAGGGUUGUUUUUUCCGCUUUUCUUCUGAGGUCGGUUGGACUAUAUAAGAUCCAUUUAUUUAUUUAUUUAUUUAGCAAUCUGAUAUUUAUUGAGCACUUACAUGUGCCAGACAUUAUUAAGUGCUGGGUGUUUGGUAAUAAAACAGAAUAAACAAGACUUCUGCCCUCUUGGGGAAACAGAUGAGAAAUACAUUAUCAAUUAGAGGAAAUGUUAUAAAGAAAUGGACAGCCACAAACAUGUCUUAGGCAUGCUCUUAGUACUCAGGGUACCCUAGCAUUACAGGAAAAUAACAUUCUCAAAAGCUACUACCAAAAAAAAAACCCCAAACUUGCCAGUCCAUGAAAAUAUUGCAGAAAGUCUGCGUUUCCAAGGAUGUUGGGACUGUGGCCUAGUCGUUGACAAAUGCUGUCCAGCAUUGUUGGUAUUGAGAAGGUCUGGUUGAGUAAACUUGACCAAGCAAAAGCUUUUAUUUAUCUAUUUAUUUUUUCACUAAUCAGAAAAGCCCUUCAGGGUUUUUUGUGCCUCCAGGUAGUUACUGUGGGUACUGACUAUCAUUACAGUUCCUAAGUGCCACACUUUAUUGGCAGUCUGGAUUGAUACUUUUUCCGAUAAACCAACUUUUUUGUGUAAAU